AUGCCUCAUCCCGUUAACCGUAUUACCUAUCCUUUCCCUUAUUAUUCACCACCACCAUCUCAUCCAAUGGUUCCACCACCUCCUCAUAUUGUUCCGACGCCACCUCCACCUCCACCAUCACCGCCGGGGCACCACACUAUCAUUAUAAUAAUCGUGUUUGUAUUACUUGGUCUCUUCUUCCUUGCCGGCCUCUUAGCUGCUUUGUAUUGUUUCUUCAUAAAGAAUAAGAAGAAGAAGAAGAAGGUUGUAGAAACUGAGAUCAUAAAUAUGGAUGAACACAUCAAGGGCCAGGAAGACAUCGUACCAGGCCCACAUGGAACGCAAGUUAAGGUACUAUCUGUGGAGGAGGACGUGCAUAUACAAGAAGAGAUUAAGAAGAAAGAGAAGGUUGGUGGUUAA